AUGUCCGGCGCUCAGGAGAUCGGCAGGUCCAAGGGAGGCGACGCCAUCGCCCCGACCCCGCAGAACACCCCUCUCAGCAACGCCCCGCUGACCCGAGAGGCCCUCUCGCGGCCCACUGUCGGAACCAUUGGCGAGGAGGAUGAGAGCGCCCAGGACGUCGCCGCCGCUCUGCAGAGCAACCCUGCCCUCGCCGGCAUGAUCCAGGACAAGCUGACCAGCCUGGUCGGAAGGUCGUCGGGCUACAUCGAGUCGCUCCCUUCGCACAUCAGGCGCCGCGUCGAGGGCCUCAAGGGUGUCCAGGUCGAGCACACCAAGAUCGAGGCCGAGUUCCAGAAGGAGAUCCUCGAGCUCGAGAAGAAGUACGCCGAGAAGUACCGCCCGCUCUACGAGCGCCGCGCCGCCAUCAUCCAGGGCAAGAACGAGCCCAGCGAGGACGAGGUCAAGGCCGGCGAGGCCGUCGACCAGGACGACGAGGACGAGGACGAAGAGGAGAAGAAGGAGUCGCUGGCCGCCGCCACCGCCCCCGCCGACGCCGCCAAGGGCAUCCCCGAGUUCUGGCUGACGGCGCUCAAGAACCACAUUGCGCUCUCGGAGCUCAUCACUGAGCGGGACGAGGAGGCGCUGCGCCACCUCGUCGAUGUCCGCAUGAGCUACCUGACCGAGCAGGCCGGCUUCAAGCUCGAGUUCGAGUUUGACUCGGCCAAGAACGAGUUCUUCUCCAACCAGCUCCUCACCAAGGCCUACUACUACCAGGACGAGGUCGGAUUCUCGGGAGACCUGGUCUACGACCACGCCGAGGGAUGCCAGAUUGACUGGAAGGAGGACAAGGACCUCACCCACAAGAUCGAGACCAAGAAGCAGCGCAACAAGAACACCAACCAGACGAGGACAGUGAAGCGCUCGGUUCCCGUCGAGUCGUUCUUCAACUUCUUCUCGCCGCCCAAGCCCCCCAAGGACGGCGAGAUCGAGGACGACGACGCUGACCUCGACGAGCUCGACGAGCGCCUGGAGCUCGACUACCAGAUCGGCGAGGACCUCAAGGACCGCAUCAUCCCGCACGCCGUCGACUUCUUCACCGGCAAGGCGCUGCAGUACGAGGACAUGGACGACCUCGACGACGGCGACUUCGAGGACGACGACGACGACGAGGAUGAGGACGACUACGACGAGGACCAGCCCGCCCGCCGCUCGCAGCUCGGCGCGAGCGCCGGAUCCCAGCUGGGCGCCAGCGCCGGCUCCCAGCAGCAGGAGUGCAAGCAGCAGUAG